ACAGAGAGCAAGAUAUGCGGUAUGUCAGCACUCGAGGAGCAGCUGGGAGCCUUGAUUUUGAAGGAGCUCUGUUCUCGGGGUAUGCUGUGGAUGGUGGUCUGCUGAUGCCUGAGAUGAUCCCAGCGCUGGACUACGUCACACUUCAGAAAUGGAGCACCUUCUCCUACCCGGAACUGGUGAAACGGUUGUGCUCCAUCUUCAUUUCGGCUGAACUUAUUCCCAAACCGGAUUUGAAUGACCUGAUUGAUAGAGCAUUCAGCAGGUUCAGACACAAAGAUGUUGUUCCUCUGUCAAGACUGAAGAAUGGCUUGAAUGUUUUGGAACUCUGGCACGGUGUGACCUUCGCCUUUAAGGAUCUGUCCUUGUCCUGCACGGGGCAGUUUCUGCAGUACUUUCUGAAGAAGAGGAAGAAGCACGUCACUAUUCUCGUGGGAACUUCAGGAGACACUGGCAGCUCAGCAAUUGAAAGUGUCAGGGGUGAAAGGAAUGUGGACAUAUUUGUUCUGCUGCCGCAGGGUCUCUGUAGCCAAGUGCAGGAACUGCAGAUGACUACAGUAAUUGAAGAGAACGUCCAUGUAUUUCUUGCUGAUGGGAACAGCGAUGAAAUUGAUGAGCCCAUCAAGGAAUUGUUUGCAGAUGAGGGUUUUGCCAGAAGACACAAUCUGAUGAGCCUGAAUUCGAUCAACUGGUCCAGGAUUCUGGUGCAGAUUGCGCACCAUUUCUAUGCCUACUUUCAGUGUGCCCCGUCCCUCGAUGCCGCGCCACUGCCAGUUCUGGAGAUGGUGGUUCCAACUGGGGGAGGAGGGAAUCUGACAGCUGGAUUUAUUGCAAAAAAAAUGGGGCUCCCCAUUGAACUUGUGGCUGUGGUCAACAGCAAUGACGUCGUACACCGAACUGUCCGGCAUGGCGAUUUCUCCGUCUCAGGGAGCAGGAGGUCUACUCUCGCCUCAGCAAUGGACAUUCAGGAGCCUUACAAUAUGGAGAGGAUCUUUUGGCUACUCUCUGGCUCAGACAGCAGUUUAGUGAAAAGUCUGAUAGAAGAAUUUUAUACUACUAAAAAGGUCAAGCUUCCAGACAAGUUGCAAACUGCACUUUCUGGAGCGCUGAAAACAUCCUCAUUCUCAGACGAAGAAAUUCUUCAGGCCAUGAAGGACUGUUGGGAAGAGAACCAGUACCUCUUGUGUCCACAUUCAGCCGUGGCUGUCGGCUACCACUACAAGCACCCCAGCCAUCAUCCCAGUAGGCCCAGGUGCUGCUUGGCCCCUGCCUCCCCCGUCAAGUUCAAGGAUGCUGUACUUAAAGCCCAUCUCACCCCUGAGGACUCCCCGGAGAUAAGCGCACUGAAGGAGAUGGAGACCAGAUCCAGGUCGCUGAGCCGAGAUGAAGAUUGGACAAACAUAUUGCGGCAACAAAUAGAGACAAUUACCAAACAAAGAUCUGUUGUCUUAAACUGAACAUUUGCAGGAAUUACCCGGGCAUUUGCCUCAUCAAAGUCUGUUAGUCCAUGGCAUUAUUAUGUUCUUUGGCUCAAGGAUCAAGAAUUAACUGUUGGGUAGAAUUCUCAAUCAUAGUGAAGUUUAUGUAGAACUUUGUUUAAAAGUGAAGUGCAGUGUAAGUCUUUGAUCCUGAAGAGAAGCAAGACUUUUACA